AGUUCCGCGCGACGCCUCACGUGUCGUGACGCGUAUCUCGUGCGGGUUAAAACGCGUGGCCUGGUUCUUGUGCUCGAUAACAUCCCGUUACCUCCGAGGAGCUACGAGGGCAUAUAGAGAGAAGCCUCCUAAUUAAUGUCACCUGGCAACUUUUCCCCUGAAAGCCCAGAAUUCGUGGUUGUAUUUGUACGUUGUGAGUCGCUGGGAUCCACGAAGCCUGCAUUGAACUAACGUUCACACCGCCGUGUACUCCAGCUCACACGUCUUUCCUUAACACACGCUAGCCGGUUUAACGGUACCGUCUGUUCUCUUAUCCCGGUAUGAAUAUUGACUGAAGCGAUUAAAUAAGUGUUUCAUAUUUAUUAAACAUUUAAUAUCGCUUCGGUGCCGACAAUCAUUGAGACGAGGAAGCGGUCGAAAGAGCAAAGUGAGCAGGACCUCCUUAAUAAUCAUUAGUUAGUUAGUUAGUUAACGCAAGCUUCAACCGAACUUAGGUCGAUACACGACAUGGUGACUAUUAAACUGCGAAACGACCUACUGACCAGUGGCGGGACAAUGUCUGCGGGUAUCUGAGAAAAACUGAGAAGCAGCGGGCCGCAUACAGGCCCCGAGGGGGAGAUGACAAAGGAGGAGGUUUCGGCGCCCGUUGAGGCGGACACCGUGCUGGGCUGGGCCUCUUUCCAUCAGCCAUCGGUCAUCCACCAGGUGGCCUCUGCCCCGAUGCCCAACGACUGUGAUUUCUCCUUCUUUGCCCCCAGCGAGCCACAGUGCAGGCAGCUUCUCGUAGACCCCAGCACCACCAUCCCAGAGCUGUUCGCUGUGGUCAGGCAGUGGGUGCCCCAGGUUCAGAAGAACAUCGACCUCAUCGGCAACGAGAUCCUGAAGAGAGGCUGCGGUGUGAACGACCGAGAUGGUCUGACAGACAUGAGCCUCCUGCACUACUGCUGCAAGGCCGGGGCCCCCGGCAUCGGUGAUGCAGAGACGUCUGCCGGCUUUGCCCGCCAGCUCCUUGCCCUGGGUGCAGAUCCUAACCUGCGCUCGCGCUGGACCAACAUGAGGGCCAUGCACUACGCCGCGUACUUCGAUGUGCCCCAGCUCAUCCGCGUCGUCUUGCAGGCCUCGCAGCCUGGAGAGGUAGAUGCCACCUGCAGUGACUUUGACUUCGGCACCGCCCUGCACAUCGCUGCCUCCAACCUGUGCAUAUCAGCUGUCAAGUGUCUGCUGGAGCUGGGAGCCAACCCUGCUUUCAGGAAUGUGAAAGGGCAGUGCCCAGCAGACGUGGUGCCGGACCCUCUCGACAUGCCGUUGGAGAUGGCGGAUGCAGUUGCUGUGGCCAAAGAGCUCUGGACUUUGCUCAGCCAGGCUCUACCCAGACCCAGCUCUCCACCUCCGCUCACACUGCAAGCCCAGGUCCUUCCAGUUCUCUCCGACAGGGCCAGGAUACAGCUCGCCACCAUGGGAAUCCGCCUGGGGGGCCGCGUGAUGAUAGCUGGACAGAAGGUUGGAAGCCUGCGUUUCUGCGGCAGCACGGAGUUCUCCGGAGGCCUGUGGGCCGGAGUGGAGCUGGACAAACCGGAGGGAAAGAACGACGGCUCCGUAGCGGGGGUGCAGUAUUUCACCUGUCGACUCAAACAUGGAAUCUUUGCUCCCCUGUCUAAGAUAAGCAAACCUUUGGAAAGACUUAAAACCGGCACUCGAAAGACUUCGACACCGGUACGCCCCCCUCGUCGCAUCGACUUGUCCUGCGUCACCUCCAAGAUAAACACAGGCGUCCUCACCCGCUCGCUCUCCUCUUCGUCCUCUUCCCUGGACUCUCGCCACGCGCCGGGCGCCCGACCGCGGCCGCUGCCAGGGCAACGGCUUCCCGCCAGGCAGCGAAGAGAGCGCGCUCCUCUCAGUCACAGGUCUGCGCUGUCGCCGGGCCUUCGCCUCCCCCCCGAUGCCGCCGCAGGUAUUGAAAGCCGCGCCCCGGCGGCUCGUAGCUCUGUGUGCGGGGGCCCCGUGGUGCGCCUGGGGGAGAGGGUGCUGGUGGUGGGCCAGCGAAUGGGCGUAAUCAAGUUCUGUGGAAAGACCAGCUUUGCUCCAGGACUCUGGUUAGGGAUCGAACUGGACAAGCCCAGCGGCAAGAAUGACGGCUCAGUGGGAGGAGUGACGUAUUUCAGUUGCCCGCCUAAACACGGCGUCUUUGCUCCUCCGUCUCGUGUUCAGAGGAUCCACGGAUCAGUGGACUGCCUUUCAGAGCUCUCCUCCUCCCGCCUCAGUCAGCCUUUCAGCGAGACAAUCCGCCGCAGUUCAAGCACAUCGUCGGCUAUCGCCGCCCCGAAGGAGACGAGCAGACGUCCUGGUACCAGAAGUCGCUCCAAUCCUCCCCGUCGGCGGUGGAGCACGCUCAGCGGCGGAGUGGGCGGCGUUCCCAGGAGCGCAGCGGGCUGCGGGCCCUCUGACGGACAGGUGCGUCUGCACGUGGGCAUGCACGUCCUGCUCAGCAGCGCGAACGACAUGGCCGUCAUCCGCUACCUGGGCGCGGCGGACUUCGCCCCGGGCGUCUGGCUGGGCCUGGAGCUCCGAAGCCCCAAGGGCAAGAACGACGGCUCGGUGGGCGCCCGCCGUUACUUCACCUGCCAACCGGGCCACGGCGUGCUGGUACGCCCGAGCCGCGUCACCUACCGCGGCAUCAACGGCGCUCGCUUGGUGAAUGAAGGCAGCUGAGGGCUGCAGGAACGCGGGUGGGCGGGGCUCAGAGGGACAUUUGAGAUGUUUUGACUUCCUCUUUGUGUUCUAUUGUUUUAGGUUUAAGCUUCUCAUUCUUCUAUGCAUUUACUAUUACUGCUCAUUCCUAAAGUUGUUGUGAGUUACCGUAAUAUUUACAUCUAUUAAUGUUGGUUUCUUUAUUAUGUCCGAGGCCAUGAAAGCACUUUACUGAUUAAACUCAAAAUUCCUACUAAAACUUGUCUUGGCGGCAUAAAGGUGGGACAAAGUCUUACGCUGGAUGACGCUGCACUAGUUUAAAUGUGAUUGCACUAAACAUAUCAAUUAAUUUGAUGGAACUGGAUGUACGCACAUGAACUUUCUGAUACCCAAAGCUAAUUUUGAUCACAUCCAUUAGAUUUCUAUCAGAUAAUUUAGGUGGUAAUGUAGCCCACCCUCUAACCAAACGUGUGCAUGGGAUUGUGUGCUUGUGUGUAUUAAUUAAGAGCACUUUGAAACAAGAUAAAUGGACCAAUUCUUCCAGGGUCGGCGUUCGGCUCUCAGAUAAUUGGAGACGAGCGAAACUGUGCUUUCACUUUUAUGAAUGAGCGUGAAGUCAACACGAUUUAAUUAAGUGAAAAUCAAAUCAAGAUGUGUGUGUCGAGGGAAGUACUAUUUCUACGUACAUCGGAGCCCAUUGACUCACCGCAAACAGUCCAGUCAUACCGUCUGCUGCAUCCCGGGCUGAGCGCCACCCAAAACAAACGGCACCGCUUUAAAGAAUCCUAUCCGCCCCCCUUACAGUAGCGUUUGUUAGAUACGGCGUCUCAGAGCUCACAUUGGCGCUACCCAAUUGUGAACCUGACUUGUUUCUGACCGCGUCAGACCCGGCAGAGCUGAUCAUCACAGGAUGGCACCGCUCCGUUAGUUGACCACAGUUCACAGCACUGGUGAUUGUAGUUGAGGUAGCUUGACAGAGGAAAUAUGCCGUCAUCCAGGAGUUUCAAGGGUCUAGUUUGCGAUGUGAUUAAAUCCAUCCGGGCACUGCAGGGAGUCGGCCAUCGAUCUUGCAUGUGGAAAAACCAACGCGCUGUUCAGCAAAACACUCAUGUAGCAACCAAUUAAGGCGUGUCGGCCACAACAAGAGGUCUGGAAUCUCCAAUGGCCUCCUCAUUGAUCCGUCCGCUCGGGCCCCGCUGUGAUUAAAAGGCGGCGGUGGUCAGAGCCCAAGGUUGUCUGGAAUAGCAGCCGCACGUCUAAUAGAGGAAAUGACUGCAGUCUUUCUGAAUCCCAUCAGAAAACAUUUUAAACACUUCCUUCAGUCCUUUGUGAACAUUACUGCGGCGGUUUUUGCCGUUCAUCUCAGAAUAAACUUCUUCUGGUGUCUCUGCAAUCCCAACUAGUACAGGAUGGCUGAUUUCUGAUCCCGCUGAGGCGUAUGAAAUUCUUUAGUGGGGGUGUUCUUGUGGGUAAUAGAUUUUUUUUUUUCUUCAUAUAAUCCCUGAACUGUAUAUCUGCAGUGUGAGUGGGUGAAAGUCUGAUGCAUUUACGUGCUCUGUAAUACAUUUGUUUAAAAAAAAAAAUGCAAAUAAAAGCUUGUAUUCUGAUUUGA